AUGGCAGCAAAUGAAGAAUCUUCGAACAACAAUAAUUCUCAGUCAAAUAACAAUGUGAGUUUGUUCUAUAAUGAUCCUUAUUACAUUUCUAGUUCAGACAACACUGUUAGUAAAAUUGUUCCUAUAAAUUUGAAUGGAAAUAAUUUCUUAAGUUGGAAGCGAAAUGUUAGAAGAGCUUUAAUGGCGAAAAAUAAAUUAGGAUUUCUUGAUGGUUCAAUCAAGAAACCUGAUGUUACUGAUAAAGAUAUUUCACGGUGGAUGAGGAGUGAUUAUCUAGUUACUUGUUGGUUGAUGAAUUCUAUGGACGCUGAUAUAGCAGAUAAUUUCACAUAUGUUGAUAAUUCUGAACAAUUGUGGUCUGAAGUUUGUGAAAGAUUUGGUCAGACAAAUGGACCGCAAAUAUAUCAACUGAAAAAGGAACUUGAUAAUUUGCGACAAGAGAAUAUGUCUAUUGUUGUGUAUUUUGGAAAAAUGAAGAAAUGUUGGAAUGAAUUACAGAACUUACGCAAUUUUCCUACAUGUUCUUGUGGAAUACUUGUUAAAUGUAGCUGCAAUUUUAUGAAGAAAUUGAAUGAUUUUGAUGCUGAGGAAAAGUUAAUGCAGUUUCUAUUAGGUCUCAAUAGUAGUUUUGAGAAUGUCAUUAGCAACAUUCUUGCUACAGAUCCAUUACCUUCCAUCAAUAGAGCUUAUUAUAUUGUCCAACAGAAUGAAAAACAAAAGGAGAUCAGUGGUUUUAAUCAUGUUAAUCAUGAGAUUAAUGCUCUUGCUGUUCAAAGAUCACAGAAUUAUGUUAAGAAAGACUGGAAGAAGGACAAAUAUGAACAUAAGUGUGACUUCUAUAAGGGUAAAGGACACACAAAAGAUCAGUGUUUCAAGAUAAUAGGAUAUCCUGAUUGGUAUAAUCCUAAGAAAAACAACAAAGUUGGUGGGAAAGUAGCUGCAAAUGUCACUGCUGUUACAGAUUGUGAGUAUGAAGAUACUCCUUUGGAGUUUAUGUCUGCUGGCCCUGGUGAAUCUUAUGCUGGUAAUUCUGGUGCUGCUAUGGAUUCUGGAAUGGUGAGCACCAUUAUGUAA